AUGAGUUUAUCCCCUGCAAAAGGAACUGUACUGUUCCUGAAGAAUAAGACCGUGCCUUCUGAUCCCUAUGAGCUUCAGUUUGAAAAGCAGGGCUACCACACAUCGUUUAUCCCACUGCUGAAUCAUGAGCAUCUCAAUAAGCAAGAUAUAUGUGCAUACCUCACCAGUGCGGAGUUUUUACAGCAUACUAAGGCUUUGAUUAUUACUUCACAGAGGGCUGUUGAGGCUUUGGAUGAUUCACUGAGAUUGUUGAGCGAGAAAGAACCACACGGCGUUCUCCAGCUGAUUCUGCAGAAGCCAUCGUACACUGUUGGACCGGCCACUGCUGAGGUUCUCAGCCGCAUCGGUUUCAGCGAUAUAAGAGGAGGCAUUGACGCUGGUAAUGGCUCGUUGUUGGCAGAUCUUAUCAUAGAAGAUAAGCUGUUUUCAAACUUGUCGGAAGCAGAGAAGAAAAUUGUGUUUUUCACUGGAGAGACCAGAAAAGACACCUUACCCAAGAAGCUUUUAGCGAGCAAUUUCCAGUUAAAAGAGGAAGUUAUUUACAGAACUGUCACCAUGAGUGAUGCUCAUGAGAGAUUCAAGCGUGCUUUCGAGGAGUCGAGUCGUUUUGACUCUAGGUGGAUCAUUUUCUUUUCUCCACAAGGUACGGAGAUUAUAACGAAAAGCCUUCUAGAGCUUCAAGAUACGGUUCAAGGGUUGAAUAUUGCGUCCAUUGGCCCUACAACUGAGUCCUACUUAUUGGAUAUUGGACUUCGUCCCAACGUGGUAUCGUUCAAACCUGAGGCUCUUUCCCUUUUGGAAAGCAUCAAUAUGUAUGGCGCAUGA